ACAAUGAUUUAAUGUGCACCGUUAUAAAUUUGAAGGUCAUAGCAUCACUUAAUUGCUCUAAGAUUUGAUAAACAAAAGGAGAGAAAAACAAGAGAGGACUAUUUAAUUAAUGCCCCAGCCAUUCUCUAUUUUAAAGCUUGCAGGAUAUAAAUAUUGGUGGCCAGACCCCCUGUGUCUGAGAUUGGUUGAUGACAAGGUGCCCCCAUCUCUCUCCCAAUAACCCUCUAAUUGCUCAUUCUGUGCUGAGAGUGUCAGAUUACCUUUCCCACCAUCCACAGCUUGAAACCAGAAAGUUGUGGAUGGCAAAGCAGAAAACUUGUGUUAUGAAUGAAGAAAUAAGCUAUUACGUGAACGUUCCCCAUGAAGAUCCUGAUUGGAACCGACAUGUUUUUGAACACGACCUAAAUGAAAAUAUCAUGGCCACCAACCCAGGACCCUGGGACAGUGGUCAACUGCCAAAUGGAAACUGCCACGGGGGUGCCCCUCAGGGCUGGACCGGUGGGGGUUCUCAGGGAGAGCCACCAAGUUCAUUCACCACAAUGCCCUACCCCCACCAGAUAGGGGGCAUUGGUACAAUAACCAAUGGACGUAUGGAACAACAGCUGUCAAAUCCUCCCAACAUUUACCAUCCUGCCUAUCAGCAAUACCCAAACUCCUCAAACCAAACACCACCAAUCCAGGGGAACCAGUUUACAAACGUGCUAUCAACACAAACAUCCAAUAUUGACGUCGGUAAAAACUCAUCCGUUUAUACGAAUCCUUCUUCCCUUCGAACAGGAACUGUACAUCCAACAUCAACCAAAAAUCAUUCCCAUCUUCUGAGGAUUCUAGCUGAUUCUCAGCCCAAUAACUGCCCACAAGAUAUGAGAAUUUUUCAAGUGCCGCAACAAAAUCGUAGACAAAGUAGCCAUGGAAGGAAUUCUCAAGAACGAGUUGUAACGUCCGGUGUUUCCCUGGGUCACACAGAUUGGUCACAAAACUACACUGUCCCUCCUUCCUCUCAAAACAUAUACUUCUCCCAGCAGGGCUAUCCUGAAGUCGGGAACCACACACCAGCCCAGAGUCAAGGGAGCAAUUUUGUAAGAGGAAAUAUGGUCAGCCAUGGUAUUAGACAGUGCCAAGUUCCAAACCAACCUAGAAUGCCCUAUCCAUCAUGCAAUUCAUCACAGCGAAGACCGCCACGGCAGUACAGAAGAAACAUGUCAUCUCAACAGCAGACACAGUCAGCAAUCACACCACAAGGUCAGCCAAGGUUCAGACCUAUAGAAAACAUGCAAAAUAUGGUGAAUUCUGUGCCAUUUUCAUCGAUGCCCAAACACUUAAGAUCCAUGACUUGGCAAUUCUUCCAGGAGAAGUCUUCUGCCAUUGUGAAAAACAUUCCAUCUGGAGCUAAGUUUGGGUACUAUGUCCACUGUUGGCAGUUGUACGAUCACUAUCUUAAAAGCUUUGCUGUAAUACAUCCCUCUGGCUGUCCAGCAUCCUUUCAGGAUUUUGCAGAGACAUACUUGAAUCGCUUGGAAGAAGUUGGAACUUUUAAAAAUUACCCUUCUCCGAGUACUUCUGCAUCCCCUGCUAAAGAUGAAGAGCCUUCAGAUAAGUCCAUUCUUGGACAGUGGUACAGGCUUCCUGAUGAAAAACAGGAACAAGUAACUACUUUACGAUUAGUCAGUCAAACAGAAUCCACCACGAGUAAUGUGGUAACUGACAGUGUCAGUCAAACAAAUGACAACACUGUCACACCAAAGCAUUGUGAGCCGAGCAUACAUGGUACUAGUCCAACUGACACUGCUGUUAAUUUACGAGAUACAGAUAUAGCUAUUAGUCCAGCUAAUGCUGCUGUAAAUUUGGCAGAUACAUAUUCUGAUAUUAGCCCAGCUAGCAAUUCUCCUAACUCUGGUGUUAAUUUGGCUAAGACAUAUACUGCUAUUAGUCCACCUGAAUCUCCUGUCAAUUUAGCUAACCAUGUGGAUAUUGGUAGUCAAGCAGAAUACCUCACCACAAAUACAAAUAAAGACUUGGCUUCUAUUAAAGUGGAAGCGAAUGAAAGCUGGGAAAAUGAUCAAAACCAGAGCCCAGAAAGAGAAAGUGAAGAUUCAGUGGGUUUGAAUUCUGAUGAAUCAGAUGAGGCAGUUACUGGUAAAAAGGGGAACAAAAAAUUGACAGUGAAGUUACCCUUUCAUCCACCUUUGCAUGCAAAGCAAAAAAAGAAGAGUGCUUCUGUUGACCAGAAACUGAAAUUAUCAGAUAAAAGUUUGAAGACACUUUCAGAUGUCCUGCAUAAAGUGUUAAUGGAGAACAAGAAUAUUGCUGAAAGUAAUUCUAUGGCUGCUUCAAUCUUGGAAAUAGAACCAACAGGAAAGCCCUCAGAGAUGGAACCUGAAUCAUCUCAAGACAAUGCAAGUCAAACAGUGAACAAAGAAAGACCUUGUUCAAAACAGUCAACAAAGACACCUGAAUCAGAACGAAUUGUUGAUUUGGUGGGAGGCCCUGAAAAUGGGGUUGGCAAUGAAUUGGAACAGAGUCACAACAAAAAUGCGGAAACAAAUGAAGAGACAAUAAAUGUUAACAAACGUAAGCGUUUCCCAACGGAAGUGGAUUCAGAGAGGAAGGCUGAUCAGCCAUCUAAAAAGUUAAGAAAGGAGUCUGAUAAAGAAGUCAUUGAUUUGCCUCAACAGUCAGAUUAUCCUGUCAUCUUCAAGCAACCAUCUGCUGCCUGUCAGGCAGUUGAAGAUCAAAAUGUUUCUAUUAGGACACCUAUUGAAUCUUCCAUGGAUGGAAGUGAAAGUUCUCCAAAUAGUGAAAGCAUUAUCAACAGUGGAAAGAUGACUGAUAAAAGAAGUGAAGAACAACAGACUUGUGAUAUGAACUCUGGAACUGAAAAUCCAUCACCGAAAGCUUCCAGUGUGUACCUUGAAACUCGCUCACUUUUUCCGAUUCGAUUCCAUGGAGAAAAAGUCUUGUGUAUUAAUUGUGAGAAUGGACAGUACUUGUUAAUGAAAGAAAUAUUGAACAAAAACUUUAUGUCACUCGCAGAGAAUUACUCUGGGAAAAGCAAAAAGUCUGUUCGUUCCAAGUACUUUACCACUGUGUUUCUUGCAAAAGAACGUGAUUUGAAAAUUCUCUACAAGGAGUUGCCAGAAAUAUUGAAGCCCAAAGUCAGAGAGUACAUGAACAGGUCAGAAAAUCCAUUCAAAGUAGGACAGGGAAAACAUGUCGGAAUCAUUCAUAUCAGUGAUGCCCAUAGACUCUAUCAGUAUUUCUUUGGUUUGAAGAAUUGUGGUGAUAAAUGCAUACAGACUCUCCAAAGCAAUGAAGAAAACAUCUCAUCACAAGAAAACUUAGACAAAAGCUCUUCAGAGGGUGAAACAUUUGAGAAUUUAGCAGAAAACGUUUAUAGUGACUUAGCUAAACCGAAGAGUAGUGUUUCAAUGGGAUACGAAAGUGAUGCUACUAUACCAUACAUGGAGGAGAGUGAUGUAACUUCAAGUUACGAUGAUGUUGAUGAUGUUAUCAUAUUGGAUAAUUUCAGUUCCACUGAUACAGCAGAUGAAUUUUCUGCAUGUGAGGAGAUAAAGACAGAGCAAAUAGAUGCUGUGGAAAAUUGUCAGGAUAAUGUAGUGUCUGAAUCAAACCAGGAGGUAGUGCAAGUUGAAAAAUUGAAAGAAAAUGUUCAAAGUGAUAAGGUGGAAGAUAUGAAUAAAGCUAGGGCUUAUGGUGUUAAUUCUGAUGAUUUCAUUCCUCAAAAAACAAAUAUGGGGAAAGUGGAUUCUGAUGCUGAAACUGGAAAAGAUAUAGAAGAUGAUGAAGCUGAAACUAGUAUGGAUAUUGUUGAUGAUGAGGCUGCACCUCAGAUAAACCUUGUGGAUGAUGAAGCUGUGGAUAGAAUAGAGAUAUCGGAUGAUGAUGCUGAAACUGGAAAAGACAGCGUGGAUGAUGAAGCUGGGUUAGAAGCCAAUGAAUGUCAGAUGCCACUGAAGGGAGGAAUAGCUCCUUUGUUUGGUGAACAUUUCAGAUUUCUUGUGAUCGAUGGAAUCAAAUUUUACCCACUUGCUGACCUGUGUAAAACAUUUGAUGUUCAGGAUCUUAUUGAAUGUAUGCAGUUGAAGAAAGACAACAAAUACAAAGCACUAAAAUGCGACUGGAUGGACGCCAGUUUUCUGAAUAGAUUGGAACCGUCGUUUCCAGAAAUGAUAGAGAACUCAACUCUACUUGAAGAAAAAAUUUUGUUUGAUGUUGCCCAAAAGAAAGGAAUUGAUGUUAUUUAUAACCUAUCUGAAGAUGUUCACAAGCAAGAAGAAUGUUCCCAGCCAGUUGACAUGUGUACUCCACUCGGUUCAAAGCUGGAUGAUGAAAAUAUGUUGGUGACUUCUGAAAUUAUUCCGUCAUCUCCAAUUAAAGAGAAGAAAGAUAUGCAAGAUCAAAGCAACAGCAUGGAAGAGAACUUGAUUGGAAAGAUACCUAUCAUCGAUGGAAGGGAAACAGAGAGGUUCUUUGUUGAUGAGGAGGAGAAUGAGAGGGAUUCUGCAGAGUGUCAAGUUUUAGAAGAACCUCAUACCCCAGCUCACCAUACACCGACCUCUAUGGAGAACACUGAUGUACAUCCACCCGACCCGGUUUCUAGCAACAUUCUAACUCCAGUGUCGUCGGAGAAGAGGCAGAUACAGAGAAAUUUGUCCCAGGAUUUUACUGCAGUUGAAGUUCAGCAAAAAAGUAAAGAAGAUAGUAGUCUGCCGGAUUUGGAUGGCUUCAGCGUGUUCCUGAACUCCCUGGAAACCAACAAUAACAACCAAAAUGCUAGUGAUGCCAUGGUGGAACCACGCCUCCUUCAGGAGGUCAAGGCCACUCUCUCCAGCUUACCACUGACUGCAGACUCGGAACAAAUUGACCAAACCCUUCAAAGGUUCUUCAAAUCCUGCCAAGAAACAUGUGCUGGGUCUCAUGAGAUUGUCACCAAAGCAUUUGUUUCUGUGUUAAAACAGAACCUGAUUUUGCAAAAUGAACUCAAUGCUUUGCGCUCGAGUAUCUCAGAGCUAAAGGGGGACAAGGAGAAAUUGGAUGCCGCUACACAAAGAUGUAGAGAUAUUACAAAACAAAUGGAAGACAUUGAAGAAGUGUUACUGAUGGAAGGAAAGUGAUGUCAUUUGAUGGAGUGAACAACCUUAGAUUAAAGUGUUAAGUUUGAUCAUACUGCACCAUCCAUUUUAAAUCUGAAAUCUGGAAAUCUGUAUAAUCUAUAUAAAAUCUGACAUCCAUAGAAACUAAAGCAGCUUUGUAAAUAAUUGUAUUGAUAUUAUCUGUAAAACUUAAACCGUCCAUUUAUACAUUGAUGAUUGAUGCAUGUAUUGUCUUUUAUGGGUAAAUAUUUCAAUCAUGUAAACUUUGAUUUCAUCUGUAUUAAAAACUGCAGCUAUUGUGUAAAUACUGUAAUAUCAUCUGUAAGCUUUUUCAUCAUUGUGAGUACAUAAGUACUGAUUUCCUUACUUAUGUAAAGCAUGCAAACACAGAAAUUGUUUUCAAAACAUGGCAAAUUCUGUGCAUGUUUGGUGUUUAUUUACCAAUACAUGGAUAAUAUGAUAUUACCUUAACAUCAUUGUACCAGUUUGUGUUAAUGUUGACAUAAUUUUAGAAACUAACCACUCUUGAAUUUUCAUGGCACCCUUAAAUAUUUUGUUUAACUGAUAGCCAUGCCUUGUCUCAGGUCAUGUUAUAGCCAAAAAAUAUGGUUGUGAAAUCCACACAUGAUAUUAUUUUUGACAUUUUUUGAAUUGUUUUCAAUUUGUAGAGGUAUUCUUAUCCUGUUUAGUACAUGUACUUAAUAUUGCCAAUGAGACAAUCAAUCAAAUGUGUUCCCGAUGAUGUAUCAAUUGUUAACUUUUUCUAGGGGUAUUUGUUACCAUAAGUUUAAUAACCAUUGAUGGGUUAACAUAUUUUUGGUCAGCACUUAUGUAUGUCAAAUAAAGUAUUUUUCUGCUGAUUGCCACAAAGUGUUCAAAAUCAAUACAUGUAACGGUAUAUGCAAUCAAAAAUGAACAAUUGAUGUAUUUUGUAAUAUGUUCUACUUUCAUACACUGGUACACCUUAUUUUUUUAUAUUUAUGUUAAUUUUCUUUUCUUGUUUAACAUAAUUUUAUAGUAUUUUCUUUGUCAGUUCCUUUCUAUUUGAUCAAGAGAGUUGUGAGGAAAAACUGCUGCUUUGUCCAUAUUGUGUUCAAUAUUGGCUUUCCAUGAUGAAAGCAAAAUGUCUUCCUGCUUAAAAAACUUUUUUUAAUAACAUGUUCACAAUAAGAGCAGUGCAAGUGCCUUGUUUUUACAUUGUGUGUUUAAAACAAUGUAUGGGUUAUGGCCCAUUUGCAUCAUUACAAAUUGUAUGUUUCAUAGAUUGAAACUCACAAGGAAGAUUUUGUAUAUACACAUACAGUUUUUACUGUUGAAGUUUGCAUUACAUGUAUUAUGCUCAGUUUGCUAGACUUUGUAGCAUUUGAACUACAUCAAAAACAAUAGUUAAUAAAUGCAGGAAAUCUGUAGUAUGAAAAUGAUCAUACAUUUAGAAAUCUAAAUUUCUUCCCAGAUAUCCUUUGGUUAUUCAUCUUUUCUUGACUCAUUCUUAGAAAGUAAAUUGUUCUGCCAAAUCACCUACGAAGACGAAAUUUUACUUUUCAAUAUUUUUUAUUGUAAACAUGCAUGUACAGUGUACAGUUUUUGAUUUUUGUAUGACACGUUCUUUUAUAUUUUUGUUAUUUGACAACUUGUUGUUGGUAUUAACAUGCAAUUAUUCAUCAACAUAGUCAAAGUAUUCUGUAUGAAAAUGAUUUGAAGAACAAAAUGAAGAUAAUUUAUUGUUUUUUAUAGGUAAUGUAAUUUUGGAAUUUGAUUCUCAUAGCAAUUGUACAACCAGGUCUGGUACUUAUUGUUUUGCAACCAAAGUACAAGUACCAAAUACACAUAGUGAAAAGUACUUUUUUUGUAUGUAGGGUUACUUUGGGGCAACUAAACUAAUUAGAUUUGGUUUAAAUUUAAAUUCCCGCCAAAACAUUUCCAUUCACUUUGUAAUUAAUUUUUUUUUACCAACCAUUUUAAAUUAAGUACUGAAUUAUAAUACAUGAAUUGCCUAAUAAAGGAGGGGAGAUAACAGUAAAAUUGUCACACAAUUGACGGGAUUUUUUUGGGGGGGGGGGGCAGUUUAUUCACUAUUCCUCUUGCACAUGAACAUGUAUGUGCAAGCCAAGUAGAUUUUAAACAUGAAAAAGAUGGAAUCAAGGAAUUCUAGGGUUUUGAAUACUCCUUUUUGACAUUGUAAUACUUAGCUAACUAUGUAUUCCAUGUUUUACCAGUAGUUUUUUUUUUCAUAUGGGCAUUUUGAAAUUACACUUGAAAUUCUAUUUUAAAUUCUCCAAUAGUUAAAAGUGUACAGCAUUGUUACAUGUACUUGAUUAUGUAUAUGCUAAAGAUAACAUUUCCAAAUUUGUUUUCUUCCAUUGAAUAUUGUUCUUAAAUAAAAUGUUGUUUGUUUAA